GCUGUGUUUCCUUCCGGACUUCGUUCAAUGUGACAACACGCUACUUUUUAGCUAGAAGACCUGUAAGCUAAUAUCACAAAUCUCUUUUCUACAUUAUCUAAUUGUCAUGUACAGAUGCAUACUAAGGGGUUUGAAGAUCGAGGGCUCAAUCGAUUUGUCUUCAUGCCCAAGACAACAAAUGAUGUCGGAUAAAAAGUGGAGUAUUACUACUCGAAGUCGACCUCGGCGGUGCAUUCAUUCAUGGAUAUCACCGGCCACGACGGAUCGGCGGCAACCUUUGACACACUUCUUGGCUGCACAAGUUAUGCACCAGGGAGCACAGUCCAAGUCCAUGAGCAUUGCACGGAGAAAACGUCUGCCCAGUGCCUUUCCAGUCAUAGACGGAGCCCUCCACCCAAUCCAGAAUCACGUAUUUGAACUAAAUUUACAGAACAGCCUGGUUUGCCAAGAGAGAUAUCACAAAUAUAAAGCGCAGGUGCUGAAGGGAGGUGGCGACAAUGCUGUUCUCCGUCACACGCAGAGAAACAAAAAGCUGUUGGUCAGGGAUCGCCUUCGGAGGUUACUCGAUGAUGAGGACUACCUUGAGUUGGGCCCAUUCGCAGGGCUGGGACUGCCCUACGGUGAUAUCCCUUCAGCAGGCUGUCUCACUGGCAUUGGCAAGAUCAACGGACUGUGGUGUGUGUUCAUAGCCAACGAUGCCACCGUGAAGGGAGGCACUGCCUACCCCAUUACAGUCAAGAAGCAACUCCGGGCCCAAGAUGUAGCCAUGCAGAACCGUCUUCCCUGUGUGUAUUUAGUGGACAGUGGUGGUGCCUUCCUGCCCCUGCAGUCAGAGAUCUUCCCUGACAAAAACCAAGGAGGACGCACUUUCUACAACGAAGCAGUGAUGUCAGCUAUGAAGAUACCGCAGGUGGCAGUAGUCUGUGGUUCCUGCACCGCUGGGGGUGCCUACAUUCCCACCAUGGCAGAGGAAACGGUGAUGGUGCACGGAAUCGGAACGAUCUUCCUGGGGGGGCCCCCGCUGGUGAAGGCAGCCACAGGGGAGGAGGUGACCCCCGAGGAUCUGGGGGGGGCCCGCCUACAUGCAGAAGUGAGUGGCUGUGUGGACCACUUCGCUGCCGUGGAGCAGGACGCCUACGAGGCCACCAGGAACAUCAUCUCCACGCUGAACUUUCAGCUGCCGGAGGAGGAGGAGGAGGCCGGGCGUGUGGAGGAGCCACUGCACAGCGCCGAGGGCCUGCUGGGUCUGGCUCCCAGGAGCUACAACCACAGCCUGGACGCCAAGCUGAUUGUGAGCCGACUCACAGAUGGCAGUAAGUUCCAGGAGUUCAAAGCUCGGUACGGGGCCACACUUCUCACCGGUUUUGGCAGAAUCGAGGGGCAUCUCGUUGGCAUUGUGGCGAACAAUGGCGAGCUCACAUACGAAGCCUCUUUGAAGGGCUGUCACUUUGUUACUCUCUGCGAUCAGAGGGACGUCCCACUCGUAUUUCUGCAGAACACGGCCCCACAGCCCAGCCUGACGCUGUCCAAGGACAAGGCCGAGGCCAACACUAACCGCCUGAAGGCUCAGGGUUCCAUGAUGUCUGCGGUGGCCUGUGCCUCUACACCAAGAAUCACUGUGGUGAUCGGGGGUUGCCAUGGUGCUGACAGCUAUGCUAUGUGUGGAAGGGCAUUUGACCCCAACUUCCUGUUCCUGUGGCCUAACGCCAGGGUGUCCCUGGUGGCGCCGGGAUGCUCAGAGGCCCUCGUGCACGAGGAAUCGGAGGCUACGCAGCUCAACAAAAUGUUAGAAGAGGAAAGCGGUGCGUUCUUCUCCUCUGGAAGACUGUGGGACGACGGAGUGAUUCUGCCCCGAGAUACCAGGAAGAUUUUGAGCAACUGUUUGAAAAUCAUCAAACAACAAGACUAUCAGAUUUCCAAGGAAAAACUGCGGACUCCAUUACUUCGACUUUAACUCUACCUCAAUAACAAUGAGCCUCUUUAAUGAAUGAUUUCUAAGAAAACUUCAUUUUAAACACCUAAGUGCUAAUCCUUUAAACCACAUGCCUGUAAUUCUGUAAUUUAUAAGCCAACAAAAAGACAAUGCAAUGUUAUUUGUUUUGUAAAGAAUAAAGCAAAGUCUUUGUA